AUGGAUAAAACUAAAACUAAGAAACAAAUUACCAACGGCAAAGGGAAAAAACCCGCCAAGGUCGUCAAAAAAGUUGUAAAGAAAGUUUUGGGGAAGAAAAAAAAAACGACGAAGAAGCUUAAUGCAGUUCGACUAUACGAGAAGGGAGUUAUCUUGGGAUACAAGAGAUCUCAAAGGAACCAAGACCCCAACUUUGCCCUUAUUUCUAUAAGGAAUGUGCAUACGAAAAAGCAUGCCCAAUUCUAUGUGGGAAAGAGGGUUGCCUACGUGUACAGGACAAAUAAGCACCAUGACGGAGUGAAGAUUAAGUGCAUAUGGGGAAAGGUAUGCAGAACACACGGAAACAGUGGAGUGAUUCGUGCCAAAUUCAAAACCAAUAUCCCACCUAAGGCCUUUGGAGAUAGAGUCCGCAUACUUAUGUACCCAUCGAACAUCUGA